UUAGGUUAAAAUGUCAUUCACGUUGUUUUUGUAGGUUAUAAAAUCAAAAAGGUUAAAAUAUGUCGAAAAAACUUAAAGAAACUGCUGUUCCAAAGAAAAUAAAGGUAUUUACGAAGAAAAAAAAUCGCAAAGCUGAACCGGAAGAAAAACAAAUCGAGAAGCUUCAAGAAAAUUAUAAAAACAUUGAUUCUUCAAGUAUAAAACAAUUUUCUGAUUUUCCAUUUUCAACGAGUACACAAAAAGGAUUGAAAGAUUUCGGAUUUGUAAAACCAACGGAAAUUCAAAGAGAAUGUAUAGGAUUGGGGCUCCAAGGUUAUGAUAUUUUAGGUGCCGCUCACACAGGAUCGGGGAAAACCUUAGCGUUUAUUAUUCCAAUAUUAGAAAAAUUAUACACUUUACGAUGGACAAGAUUAGAUGGAUUAGGUGCUUUGGUGAUAACCCCAACGAGAGAACUUGCAUAUCAAAUAUUUGAAGCUCUCCGAAAAGUGGGAAUUCACCACGAUUUCUCAGCCGGAUUAAUUAUUGGGGGAAAAGAUUUAAAAUUUGAACGAAACCGAAUGGGGCAAUGCAACAUCGUUAUUUGUACCCCCGGAAGGCUGCUACAACAUAUGGACGAAAAUUCUUUGUUUGAUUGUGUUAAUUUAAAAAUUUUGGUUUUGGAUGAAGCCGAUCGAUGUCUUGAUAUGGGUUUUGAGAAAACUAUGAAUGCGAUUAUAGCAAAUUUACCUUUUGAGAGACAAACUUUAUUAUUUUCAGCGACUCAAACAAAAUCAGUUAAAGAUUUAGCUCGUUUGAGCUUGAAGGAUCCUAAAUAUGUUUCAGUACAUGAACAUGCAAAAUAUAGCACCCCAUUAGGUUUGGAACAAAGUUAUAUGAUUUGUGAUUUGGACCAAAAAGUUUCUGUUUUGUGGAGUUUUAUAAAAAAUCAUUUAAAGAAGAAAACAAUUGUGUUUUUAUCAACUUGCAAACAAGUUAAGUUUUUUAAUGAAAUGUUUUGCAAAUUACGCCCAGGAGUGAGCCUUUUAGCACUUUAUGGUACUUUGCAUCAAUUAAAACGAAUGGAAAUUUAUGAAACUUUUUGUAAGAAACAAGCUGCAGUGUUGUUUGCAACUGAUUUGGUUUCGAGGGGGUUAGAUUUCCCUGAAGUACAUUGGGUGGUCCAAGUUGAUUGCCCAGAAGAUUCUGAUACUUAUAUUCACAGAGUUGGAAGGACGGCGCGUUAUCAUAAAGAUGGGGAAAGUUUGCUUUUAUUAUUGCCAUCAGAAAUUAAAAUGUUGGAGGAAUUAGAAAGCAAAAAGAUUCCCAUCAAGAAAAUUGAAGUUAAUCCUGAGAAGUUGAAGAAUCCAGUUCGAAAAAUGGAGGCGUUUUUGGCUUCAACUCCAUCACUUAAAGAUACAUCACAAAGGGCUUUUGUGUCUUAUGUAAAAUCGGUGUUUUUAAUGAAAAAUAAGAACAUUUUUGAUGUUGAUAAAUUAGAUACGGUUGAGUACGCGAAAUCUUUGGGGUUAAGCAUUGCCCCAAGAGUUAGAUUUAUUGAUAAAAUGAAGAAAAAUGAAAAAUCGAAUAAAAUUAUUAAAUUUAAUGAUGAAAAUGAAUCAAGUGAUUAUGAAAAUGAAUUAGAAAACGAAACUAAGUCUGAAUAUGAUAAGAAAGAUUUUUCAAAUUUUUAUAAUAAUAAUGAUGAUGAUGAUGACGAAUUAGAUUUAUUUAAUGUAACAAAUCGCGAUAAAGAAAUAGCUCCAUUAAAACCAGAAGAAUUAUCUCAAUUAGAAUUCUUAAAAAAUUCCAAAUCGAAAAAAAUAAUCACAAAAAUAGCAGCUGCUAAAAAAGUUUUAAAGAAAAACUUUGUUGCUAAUAAAAAAGUAGUUUUUGACGACGAAGGUGAAAUCGUACCCCAAACUACUAAAGAAAAGCAAUCGGAAAUAGCCCGAAAUUACGAAAAAACCCAACCGGAAGUUUCAGGAAUUGACAUCGAAACUGCUAAAAUCGUUUUAAAAGAGGAAGAUCGUUUCGAUAAACAAUUAUUUAAAGACAAAGUGAAGGCCAAGAAAAAGGAACAAAAGAAAAAGUUAAAAUUGAAAAGAAAAAGGGGUGACGACGAAGAAGAGGUUGAUGAUUUUGAUGAAUCUGAUGGUUAUGAGCCUGAUUUGUCUUGGUUACCUGAUCCAGAUAAAAUUUACGGGAAAGAAAAUGCAGAAAAAGACGUUGAAAAUGACAAAGAUGAAGAAAAACAAAAAAUUAGGAAAACCAAGAAGGAGAAGGUUAAAAAGAAAAAACAAAAACUUUCUGAAGAUUUAACUGUUAAUGAAGCUGAAGAACUUGCUAUGUUACUUUUAAAUAAAAAAUAAUUUUUUUAAUCUAAA